AUGACGCUGCUAAGAAGCCUUCCACCGAGGUUGAAGCUCGGGAGGAUGAUCGGAGAAGGAAUCGGGGCCGAAAUCCGUUGGAAGUCGCGCGCCGGGACGCUGUGCGCGGAGGAGGAAUCGACACUGGAAACCACUUUUGGUGGCAUAUCUCUGCAACCUCGUGGUAAGAAACAAUGGCGCUCUCAUUGUAGUUUCAAUUCUUCUUCUGAUGGUAAUGGAAAUAUAGCUGGCAAUUUCAUUGCAAAUGAUGAGAAGUAUGUAAACUCCACUGUGAUUGAAGCUGUUCAGGUUAGAAGUGGCUCAGAUGGUUUUAUGAUAAAGAUGCGUAGUGGAAAAUGUUUAAGAUGCAUUCACAAUAACCCCCAAGAAGGAAAAUUAUCAGAUUAUGCUCCUCACCCUGCAAUUGUAUUGAAGAUGGAAGAUGGAAGUGAGCUUCUGCUUCCUAUUAUUGUUUUGGAAAUGCCAUGUGUGUUGUUGAAUUCGGAAUGUUCCAAUAGUAAGAUUGUAUACUUCUCUAGACCAACUAUUUAUCAAGUAGCCAAAAUGAUGGUUGAGGAGCUGGGAUCGAAGGUCCAAGUUGUUAGGGUCACCAAGAGAGUGAAUAAAGCUUACUUAGCUCAGUUGUAUAUCUCAAAGAUUUGUAGCUUUGAUUUGCGACCUUCUGAUGCCAUCAAUUUGGCUGUUCAAUGCAAGGUUGUCUCUGAUUUCAAAAUCGCAUGA